UUUACGCUGCCGUGAAUCAAUCCUUAAACCCUGAGCUGGUGUGUGUGUGUGUGCGUGUGUGUGUGUGUGUGUGUGUGUGUGUGUGUGUGUAUGAUAGGAGUGGAAGAGUGUGUGUGUGUGUGUGUGUGUGUAUGUGUGUGUGUGUGUGUGUGUAUAAAUAAAUAAAGCUGGCUCGCAUCAGAGGUAUCAUAGGGAUGAUCACAAGGACGAGACACACACCUGAAGCUAGCUAAGUGUGUGCCUGUGGAAUCCCAAGCUGAAGAAGAUUUGAAUUUUUGUUUCUGAAUGUAACACCCAAUCUGUUGGUUCAACUCAUCCACCAGAGGUAGGCUGGAGUUUCUCGGCUCUUUUUCUGUGUGCUGCAGAUAUGAGUGGAGUCUAUGUGGACAAGACAAAUCUAAUGGAUCUCCCUGUUGGGAAAUUAAUAGCUCUAUGGGAGCUGUGAAGUGACCGGUGCCUCGCUUUGGAUGUUGCCUCAUCUUGACCUCUGGAUGUGUUCUUGAUGCUUUGCUGUAGUCUGGGACACUGGCGUAGAGAACUGUCCACCUAUGGUUUGGCGGACCGUCAGGACUCAGGGGCCACUGAGGAGAAGGAGAAGAAUGCUCAGGUCCAGCUGGAGAAGGCCAAGUCUAAACCUGUUGCGUUUGCUGUACGCACAAACUACACCUACACACCUGCCGAUGAUGACAAUGUUCCGAUCCAAGGACAUGGAGUUGCUUUCGAGGCUAAAGACUUCCUGCAUGUCAAAGAGAAAUUCAAUAAUGACUGGUGGAUCGGGCGGCUGGUGAAGGAAGGUGGGGAAGUGGGAUUCAUCCCCAGCCCAGUCAAUCUGGAGACUAUUCUCAUUCGGAGAGAGGUGCAAGCCAGAAAGGCCGCCAAAGCUCUAGCCAACAAAGCAGCAAGCUCUGCCAAAGAUGAUAUGAACUCGAAGAAAGUCACUCCUCCUCCAACAGUUCAACAAGUGAAGAAGAAAUCAGGGGAACAACUGGCAGCAUAUGACGUUGUGCCUUCCAUGCGUCCCGUCGUGCUAAUGGGGCCUUCACUCAAGGGUUAUGAGGUUACAGACAUGAUGCAGAAGGCCCUCUUUGAUUUUUUAAAACACAGAUUUGAAGGCAGAAUAACCAUCACUCGAGUGACGGCAGACAUUGCUCUUGCUAAGCGGUCAAUCCUAAACAACCCCAGCAAGCAUGCUAUAAUGGAUCGCUCUAACACACGCUCUAGCCUUGAUGCUGCUGCUCAGAUCCAAGGGGAGAUUGAGAGGAUCUUUGAACUUGCGCGUAGCCUGCAACUGGUGGUUCUGGAUGCAGACACUAUAAACCACCCACUCCAACUCAGCAAGACCUCCCUGGCCCCGAUUCUCGUCUAUGUUAAGAUCUCCUCUCCCAAGGUUCUCACCAGGUUGAUAAAGACCAGGGGAAAGUCCCAGACCAAACACCUCAAUGUUCAGAUGGUCGCUGCAGAUAAACUUGCCCAGUGUCCCAAUGAGAUCUUUGAUGUCAUCUUAGAUGAGAACCAGCUGUCAGAUGCCUGUGAGCACAUAGCUGAGUACCUGGAGUCUUACUGGAGAGCCACUCAUCCGCCAGAGAUGGAGACAGCCAAGCCUGCACAGGAGCCUACAGAGAGCAUACUACACAGCAGCCCCACACCUGCUAAGGAUGAAUCAAGAAGCAAGCGUACAAUGGCUACUAAAAGGAAGGGAUCUCUGGAGAACCAACUAGCGCAUCCCCAGAACGAGGAGCAGAAAGAAGAUGAAAAAGAGGAAGUGAGGGAGCAAGAGGCAACUGAGGAGGAGCGGCUCCUGAAGAGUGAGCCAAAGAGAUCCCAACAUAGCCACCAUCACCAUCGUCACCACCACCACCAUCACCGCCGCACCAGCACAGAACACACCGAACAGCACAACCACAACCCUGCUCACGUACAAAGCAUGGACAUCAAUAACAUGGCCAGUAAGAACUCAGAGCCACAGAGCCAUUGGGCGCUUCUAGACGAAGAAGGAUUGGACCAAACUGAGGCAACCCAGAUUACAGUCCAUAAAGACCAAAACCAUCAACACCACCAUCACCACCACCAUCAUCACCGCAAGAGCACGGACAUUCAAAAUGACUAUGGACAAGACUAUAAGCUGAAGCACAAUCAGCGCAACAGGCAGCAUAGUCAUCAGAGACAGCUACACCCCUCUAAUGAACAGAUGCUGCACUCCCUUCAUGAACAGACACUGCCUUUACACAACUAUGAAUCAUCUGAACAUUACUACAGCCUUGAACACCAAUACAGCUACCGGGGUCGAGAGCGAAACAGAGACAGGAACAAGGAAAGGGACAACGACAGGCGUGAUGAGACUGGAAAGUGGAGAAGAGACAUAUACAUUCAUCACUGACUGAUGUGGAUUUGCAGUAUGGUGAUGCUGCUAUGUGGAACACAAAUUUAAUGCCAAUACUCGUACUGUUCAAAGGUCUCACCAAGAGCAUGCACAAUGUAAAACUGCUGUAUAUCCUUAGAAUGUAGUUGCAAAUGUAUUAAUAUUUAAAAAAAAGUUUUUUAAUUUAACAUAAUAUUUUGCAUGACAUCUACUUAAUUUUAUUACCAGAAAGGUUAAAUGAUAUAUAUAUUGCUAUUCACAGUGGUUUGCUAGAAAAACAAAACAUCCUUUAAGUUAUAUAGAAAGCUGUGUUGAGAAAGCUCCUUUUUCUGGAUUUGUAUUUAUUGUCCACAAUCUGGCUUCUCAAAGACCUAAUAAUCCGUUUAUUGAAGCCAGUUCCCUUUCGAGGGAACUCAACUCUGUGCAAUGGCUGAUGCUACGGGAACUCUCCUUGCAGAAGCGGUGUCUGAAGCUCUGUGUAAAAUCACAAAUCUGUUGGCUAAGGAGGUCAUGUUACGAAGCGGAGCAUGCCAGGAAGACCAUAAAAGGGCAUCUAUGUCACAUUACUCCAGCUUCUUUGUCUUCAGGAAGUGCUCUGUGUAUGCUAGUGUAUAAUGUAUAUCUUAUUUUUCUAAAACUAGUGUCUUUUCUUCAUUAUCAUGGUGAGCAGUUGGCUCUCGAGGGAGCGGAUUACAUUCAUUGCGAGUCAUUGUUCUUUGUAAUUUCCGCUCUUGCUCGGCUGUAUUCCAAACACCUGUGCCGUGUGAGUCCCACGUCUGUCGAGGCAGUGUGUCGGCUUAAGGCAUGGAGGUUACAGUUUGAGUUAGUUGAAAUGGAAGGAGAGACUGAUAAGUUCUUUCUCUCGUCCCCUUUAAUGACCCCUGACUCUAAUGCCUCCACUUCACCUCCAGGAGCUCGCUUUGUGAUUUCUUGCAAAUGUUAGAAAGUGAAAGAAGGCUAUUGUUGCAUUGUCUGGGUGGAAAAACUUCCAGUGCUUCAGGGUUCAGCCAUCACCACCCAUGCUCCUGCACUUUUUUGUGCCAGCACACUGUUUCAGGGCACUAGGUGAGGUGAGAACAGCGAGAGGCUAACAGCUCUCUCAGACCACCUGGCAGCGUGGAAGCUUCUGCAAGGCUUGUCGCAGUGGGUCCUGAAUACUGUGGGAAAAUGCUACAGAAUCCAGUUUGCCUGUCCUCCUUCUUUCAAGGUGUGCAGCUCACUGUUGUUGGCACAGACCAAUCCUCAUUUCUCCAGGUGGAAUUUCUCUGGGAUCUGAGAAAGGGGCCAUAGAGCAUAUUCCCCUGCCCGGUUGUUUCGUAUUUGCUCCGACUUGCCUGACUGUAUUGUGCCAAGUGUAAAGUUUGUUGGAGGGGAACUAUGGUGUGGGGUUGUUUUUCAGAGGUUGGUUCCAAGUGAAGGGAACUCUUAAUGCUUUAGCAUACCAAGACAAUUUCAUGCUCCCAACUUUGUGGGAACAGUUUGGGGAUGGUCCCUCCCUGUUCCAACAUGACUGCACACCAGUUCCAUAAAGACAUGAAUGAGCGAGUUUGGUGUGGAGGAACUUGACUGGCUUGAGUCCUGACCUCAACCCGGUAGUACACCUUUGGAAUGAAGUAGAGCAGAGACCUUGUGGAAAGCCUUCCCAAAAGGUAACUGGAGGUAUAGAUGCCCUUUUACGGGCUUGCUGGUGCAUGAUGCUUCAUCACAUGACCUCCAUAGCCAAUAGAUGGCGUGAUUUUACAUAGAGCUUCAGACACCACUUCCACAAGGAGUGUUCCCAUAGCAUCAGCCAGGAUGCAGUGUCUCGUUCCCUUCUCAGGGAACGGUGUUACAUACAAAACCUGGUGUAGUUUCUGACACUUAAGGAAAUGAUAAAAUAAUGCAAAAUAAUUUUAAAAUUUAAUAACAUAUGACUUAAUAUUAUUGUGAAAAAGUUGUGCAACACCUCAACAUUUGCAGUAUUUAAAGAAAAUUGUUACAUGAACAUGUAGAUGACUUUUACUUGUGCAUACCUACAUACACACUACACUGCCUCUUCCUUGGAUGUGUGAAGUUUGCAUGUUCUCCCCCUGGUCAUAGAUAUGCACUGUAGGCUGAUUGGCAUCUCUAAAUUGUCUGUAGUGUGUGUGUGUGAUUGUGCCCUGCAAUAGAGUGGCAACAUGUUCAGGGUGUCCCCUGUCUUGUGCCCAUUGGAUAGGCUCCAGGUUCCCUAUGUCCCAGCAGUGUAGAGAAUGAGGAGAUACAAUUGUUGCUGGUGUAGCUUUGGAUUAUAUAAGAACCCAAUACAUCUUAAAGCCCGACAUGCUAACCAACACUUUAUCGUGGUAGCUCGAGUCUAAAAUUUAAGUACAUUUGCACACUAAAAAUGCCUCAGAGGAUAUUGAUGGGACUUUUGGCACAGUACAUCUAUUGGCAUUACAAUAUGCACUUUGUUUGCUUUCUCUCUCUACUUCUCAUUUGCAUUGUUUCAUUCUUUCAACUUUAGUCUUUCAGUCAUUCUCAGCCUCUUAGGCUUUCUGAGCAAUCAUAUAGCAGUUGAUGGUUACGUUUUCCUGAUCAUUUCAGUAAAUAUGGUGCCAUUGCAUACUUCUUAAACACUGUGUGCAUGCACCAUAAUAUUGCACUUUUUUUACUAAACUGUCUGUGAUACUGUUGUAAGUGUUUUAACCAUUACUAUAUUUUUCUGAUAAUUAUUUUACAGUAUUGGAAAGAAUCAUAAGGACGGGUUGCUCUGGAUUUUGGCCCUGGAUUUCCUUUCAUUGUACUAGAAGACUUUGCACUAAUAUUGAUUUCUAAUAACAGUUGAAGUAUUUGCACACAUUCAGUAUUGUACCAGGGCAUAAACUUUACUCCCCUAACACCCAUGACAAAAUCUGUUUGUUUAUUUAUUUAUUUAUUUAUUUAUUUAUUUAUUUAUUUAUUUAUUUAUUUAUUUUUCAAAUAUGGCCUUAAUAUCGGAAGUAUUUUUAUUCUCCAAUUAUAAUAGGUCAUUCUUAAGAUCGAAUAAAGAUGAUCUUAACACAAAUCUAUCAUGAUCAUUAGCCUAUGACAGUAUGUUAGCACAGCUUUGUUCGUAGUCUUGGUUUGUGUAAAAAAAAAAAAUAGUUACAGCUAUGGCAAUUCAGUGUUUUCAGUAUGUGCCCCCUUUUCCUUGUGAUGUAGUAACAUAAACUCCAAUAGAGCACUCUA